AUGCAUAUGGCCAACAAGAGCAACAACUCCUACCAACGUGAUAUAGAAUACAUUACCAAAAUAAAAGGAAACAACAAAUGUGCCGACUGUGGGGCGAAGUGCCCAAGGUGGGCAAGCAUCAACUUGGGCAUCGUAAUAUGCAUAGAAAUUAUGCAAAACUGGAUAAAAAAUAAGUAUGAAAAGAAGUUGUACGCGCCCGCGAAUAGGAAGGAGCCCUACCAGUAUUACGUAGAAGGGGUGGACCCCACAAGUUGCCUCCCACAGCUGGCCCCCGCGAACGCGGAAGUGAAGUGA